ACAAACCAUGAGACUGAAAUUGUGCAGCCCACCGUGCUAAUCGGGCCAACAAACCGACCCGUUUAGUAACCGGGCCGUGCCUGGGCCUGGAGGCGCAGCUCACGGACUGAUACGGCAUGGUUCGAUUACUAAACGUGCCUCGACGGACCAUGUCGGACCAGGCACGAUUAGCACGGGUCGUGCCGUGGCGUGCCGGGCCGGCCAUUUUGGCCAGGUAUGCUAGCACGGCCCGUUUAGCCAGGUAUACUUCCUCAUUUCAGAUCCAAUCUCCUCACACUCACAGCACCCGGCUCCUUCACUCCUCUUGCCAAGACACCGACCCUCUUCCUCGACGCCUCGCUUUCCUGGCCGCCGCCUCCCUAUUAGCGUCGCUGUUUCUCUCACAGCCUUCCUCGCCCUGCUACAUCGACCUCACGGCGUUUGCUGCCGCGAGGAAGCGAGGCCGAGGAAGUCGACAAGCAAACGGUAGAUUUUGCGACCAACUUCGCGAUUUCCGGCGUUGGUUCUGCCGUCCAACGGCGUGAAUCCAUCUUCAUUUCAGAUUUUCAGAGCCGGAGAGGAACUGUACCAGCCACCAACAGGAUUCACGAAUCCGAGACCAAGCGAGAGUCCAAGGGGAAAGUUCCCUUUUUUCUUCUUUCGAUUCGGAUUGAGGACCUGGAAUCCCCAUAAAUAAAAGUCCAACAAGGGGCCGGUCUGGUCUGGACGGAGAAAUUUGCCAGAGAUUGGCGGUGGAUGGCCGCCGGCAACCAGCGGAAGCGCCUCUUUGUGGUGAUGAAGGAUAAAAAGCCUGAUUAUUUUGUCUACGGCAUCAACAUCGAGCAUAUGUUCCAGUCCGGCCCCUCCCGAGGGGCUGCGAUAGAGAUCCGCAGCCUCCCCAGCCCCAUGGGGCAGAUCCCCAAGCCCCUCGCCGACCCGGAGCGCGUCGACUUCGCCCUCGCCGGCGACGGCGCCACCCUGGUUGGCGUCAGUAACCUCAAGCGCACCGUCUUGUACGACACGAGGUCCGGAGCCACGUCAACGGGGCCGGAGCUCCAGCAUGACAAGACCGGCGGCACCUUUGUCGUCCCGCUGGGGCGCAGGCUCUACGCGCUCAAAUGCCGUCUCAACAGGUCUGACCAAGGGAAGCCGUCCGGCGAGGACUGCACCCUCCUCAUCCAGGACGCCGGCGGCACCCGCCUCAGGCUGGACUGCUCCUCUAGCUCAUGGCGCACCCUCCCAGAGCCCCCGCCCGACUUCCGCAGCCUGAACGGCUUCCAGAUCAAAUGCCAGCUCACCGCCUACUUCACCGCCGGCGCGCGCAUCUGGGUCUCGGCGGAGAAGAGGGGCACCUACUCUUUCCACACCGUCCGCCGCCAGUGGCGCAAGGAGGGCGACUGGCAGCUGCCCUUCCACCACCGCGCCGUGUUCGUCCCUGAGCUCGACAACCUCUGCUUCGGCCUCAGCUCCAAGGACCGCUGCCUCGUGGCCGUCGACGUCCGGCAAUCCCCGCCGGUCGUCCGGUACAACUGGGAGGACACAUUCCCCGCCUGGGCCCGUGACAACGGCAACCUCUGCGGCCUCAUGCCGGAAGGCAGCCUGGUGUACCUCGGGGACGGCAGGUUCUGCAUUGCUUGGACUGUCUUGAUGAUUGACAAUGUCGAUGGCCGCACGCACUACUUCCUCCACUUGAUGGCCGUGCAACUCAUCAAGACCUCUUCUACCGGCUCCGGCAAGAAGCAUCUGCGGAUGGUUAAGCGCGGAGUUUGCUGCUACGAGAUGCCAAGCCAUGGCCUCAUGGCUCAUGUUUUCUAACCACACUAGUUGUAUCCUUGCACUUGGAGGAACUGACUGCUUAUUGGAGGUCUCUCGGCAAAUCCUUGAUGAAGCAGCUGCGGAUGGUCAAGAGGGAAUGACUUCAGCUUCAGACUGUCAAUGGUUUUGUAGUAGCAUACCAGCCAUGGAAUCUGAAUGUUCAAUCUUUCCUCAAACUUUUGAAAAUUCCAUGUUUUAUAACUGUUGUUGCCUUGUUGGGCAAUGAAUUCUAUUUAAUGUAGUUUCAUUGGCCAGUUAGGUUUUGUACAAUCGUAGUUCUUGUUUUGGAUUUAUAGGCUAUGAUGCAUGACUAUCCGAGAUACAUUCAGUGAAAUAUGGUAUCACACGAAAA